GAGAAAGAGGGAACAAGGUAGUGAGAGGUUCAAUAAUUGUUGUGUUUUUCUCGGUUCCGGAAGAACCAGGGAAUGAGUACAGAGAGAUGAGAGGUAUUUGGCUCAAAAGAAGUGAAAUUGGUGGCCAAGCCAAGCGCAGAAUCGGCGGCAGAAAUUGCCACCGCAAACACGUCGAAGACGGGUGAACUAGAAUCUGGAUUCCAGAAUCUAGAAUCAAUCCACCACCUCUCUUUUCUCUCACCCAAUUAUCUGUAUAGUAAAAUCCCAGUGUGUUUUUUAAGAAUCUGUAGUGCUACUUAUAGUGUUUUUAAUUAUUUUCAUUGCCAUGGGUGACAAAGAUGCAAUUAACUCCACGUUGCUCCACGGGAAGUACGAGCUAGGUCGGUUACUGGGACACGGAACGUUCGCGAAGGUGUACCACGCACGGAACCUCAAAACCGGAAGGAGCGUGGCCAUGAAGGUGGUGGGGAAAGAGAAGGUUAUGAAGGUUGGGAUGAUGGAGCAGAUAAAGAGAGAGAUCUCCGCCAUGAACAUGGUGAAGCACCCCAACAUCGUGCAGCUCCAUGAAGUCAUGGCCAGCAAGUCCAAGAUCUACAUCGCCAUGGAACUCGUUCGCGGCGGAGAACUCUUCAACAAGAUCGCGAGGGGUCGAUUGAGGGAAGAAGUUGCGAGACUGUACUUCCAGCAACUCAUCUCCGCCGUCGAUUUCUGCCACAGCCGCGGCGUCUUCCACCGCGACCUCAAGCCGGAGAAUCUCCUCCUCGACGAAGAAGGGAACCUCAAGGUCACCGACUUCGGCCUCAGCACCUUCUCGGAGCAUCUCUGGCACGACGGUUUGUUGCACACCACGUGCGGCACGCCGGCGUACGUGGCGCCGGAGGUCAUCGGAAAAAAAGGCUACGACGGCGCUAAGGCUGAUAUUUGGUCUUGUGGAGUCAUUCUUUAUGUUCUUCUGGCAGGGUUUCUACCGUUCCAAGAUGAGAAUCUGGUGGCUAUGUAUAAGAAAAUUUACAGAGGAGACUUCAAAUGUCCACCGUGGUUUUCAUCUGAAGCGCGGCGUUUAAUUACAAAGUUGCUUGACCCGAACCCGAAUACCCGAAUCACGAUUUCGAAGAUUAUGGACUCAUCGUGGUUUAAGAAACCGGUGCCAAAGAGCAUGAUGGAAAGGAGAAAAAAUGAGAUGGAAUUUGAAUUGGAUUUGGAGGAGAAGCUGAAACUGCAACAGCAACCGUCGACGAUGAAUGCUUUCCACAUAAUUUCGCUUUCGGAGGGGUUCGAUUUGUCGCCGUUGUUCGAGGAGAAGAAGAGAGAAGAGAAAGAGGAGAUGAGGUUCGCAACGACGAGGCCUGCAAGCAGCGUGAUUUCGAGGUUGGAGGAGGUGGCGAAGGCGGUGAAAUUCGACGUUAAGAAGAGCGACACUAAGGUGAGGUUGCAGGGUCAAGAGCGAGGGCGUAAAGGGAAAUUGGCUAUUGCUGCGGAUAUUUACGCCGUUACGCCGUCGUUUUUGGUGGUUGAGGUUAAGAAGGAUAAUGGUGAUACCUUGGAGUAUAACCAGUUCUGCAGUAAGGAGCUUCGUCCUGCUCUUAAAGACAUUGUCUGGAGGGCUUCCCCUCCCGAGAAUCCCACGCCUGCUUGAGUAUUGUCGUUUAGGAGCAUUCAAUUGUCGUCUCUUCCAACUUUGUUUUUGUUAAUUCUUCCUUUUUAGAUGUCACCAUUCAGAGAUAUUUCCCUUCGAUUAUUUCCCUCUUUUUCGAUUCACUGUUGAAAAGCCAGCGAAUCGAAAUCGAUGAUGCUGUUGUGUUUGUGGAUAUGAUGCUGGUGUUGUGUGAAUAUGUUUGCAAAUGGAUUGUUGCGGCUUAAUGCUUGUGUUUUACUUUAUCUUAAAAAACAUUCAGCAGCCAGUAUUUUAUUUUUUUCGACUAAUCCUAAGAUAUUUACUGAAUAAUAGAAUUGAAAAA